AUGAGCCAAAGAAAUGCCUCAUCCACAUCGAUCAUCGAAACGGUAGCCGGACUCACGGCCGGAGUCGUCUCAACACUGACUCUGCACCCGCUGGAUCUGAUCAAGACUCGUCUACAGAUCGAUCGCGUCACCCGCCACCGAGUCGGCAGCUCCCUACGCAUAAUAAGCGAAAUAUAUCGAACAGAAGGUGGCAUACGAGCUCUUUAUCGUGGCUUAACGCCAAACAUAAUUGGGAAUUCGACCAGUUGGAGUCUUUACUUUUUGUUUUAUGGGAAUAUAAAGGAGAGGAUCGCUCAGAGUAGACUUCAUGGUCAUGACGAUGGGCACAAAUUAAGUGCAUCAGAGUAUUUCCUCGCCUCGGGGGCUGCUGGAGCCCUAACAUCAAUCCUCACAAACCCAAUCUGGGUAAUAAAAACCCGCAUGCUCUCCACAGGCUCCUACACACCCGGCGCAUACCAAUCCUUCAUGUCAGGCGCAACCCAAAUCCUGCGCACAGAAGGCAUCCCCGGAUUUUAUCGGGGACUUGUGCCCGCACUGUUUGGGGUUAGUCAUGGCGCGUUUCAGUUUAUGGCUUAUGAGAAGUUAAAGAGUUAUCGACUUCGACUUUCUGCCACCGGCGGGAGUGCUGGUGGAAGAAGCGGGGAGUUUACAAAUGUAGAGCUUCUCCUGAUCUCUGGUCUUUCGAAAACUUUUGCGGGGUGUAUCACGUAUCCGUAUCAGGUACUACGUACCAGGUUGCAGUUGCAAGCAUAUAAUGCGGAUGCAUCCACGAAAACUGCAUUGGCUCGAAGCACAUAUCGCGGUGUGUUGGAUGCGAUGAGGCAGAUAUGGGCUCAGGAAGGCGUUUCAGGAUUCUAUAAGGGACUUGGGCCGAGUCUUGUGCGUGUGUUGCCGAGUACGUGGGUCGUGUUUUUGGUUUAUGAGAAUACCAAGGCGGCUAUGUACAAAAUCUGA